GCCGGUUCUUUCUUUCGCGGUUUUUGUCUGCAUCGCGCCUCACCUCUUGGCGGUUCUACCCCACCCACCCACACACAGGUCGCCGCUCGCCAGCAGAUCGGUUUCUGUUCCCGACGGCGCUUGCUCCUCUCGUUCCUGACGCCGCACCCUCCUCUCGAAGCCGCUCUCCUCCUCCAACGGCGUUCACUCCUCCCGACGCCGCUCCCCUCCUCCCCACGCCGCUCCGCGACACCGUCAUCCCAUCGCCGUCGCCCUCAGGAGAUUCUCCUCUGACCCGCAGAGCUCUUUCUGGGUGCGGCGCCAUGGCUCCACCUUGGCCAUCGUUGUCCCCUCCACAAGUGGUUCUUGUGGCGUCCACAGCUCCGCUAGUUCUCGUGUGCUGAUCCGUCUCCCCUCGCGCAUGGCGGUAUGGCGGUGCUUCAUCAGCCAAACCCAUGGCUGGAUCUCGAGUGUAUUGGAGGAGGGCAGCAGGUCUGGCAGCUCCCUGCUACACUCUCCUCGUCCUGCUACUAUUCUGCUCAUGUGUUCACCUCGAAAACCCCCAGAUCCCCUUUUGCAGCUGGCUCCAAAUUGAGUGGAGGCUACCAUACGGAGCAAUCGGAGCGGAGUGUCCUUGCCUUCAAUCGCCAUCAGGAAAGGUCCAAAUCUCUCGCGGAUGCGACCACCUUCCGAUCUCAACGGCGACCUCGAAUCUGUUCCCCUGUGUCGGCUGGCGGCAUCCAUCCACCUAGGGCGUCAUUGCUGCGUUGCAGUGGCCGUAUUUCGUACUGGUGGCCCCGUCAAUCAGCAUCCCCGAAGAGGAGGCAGGAUCCUACGUGUGCUGUGAAGCCCUCAACCUCUACUGGCUCUGACCUCAACACAGGUGCUGAUCCCAAGGACAUCUUUCCAGCAAAACUUUCAGACAGUCUUGUAAGUUCCUGCCUGCUAAUUCAUUUUGGCACCAUAGUCAUCAAUCUAUCUUCAGUUCCCAUUCAUUUUGUCUUGGCUCUUGUGUUAGAUAUGUUCUGCAAACUACUCUUUUCAUGGAAUUAAUAUUUUUUUUAUAAAUUAGCAUUUUAAGUUUUGCAGUAAAGGGUGGAUCAGAUUGUCAAUUCUAUUAUUUGCUAAAUGAACUAGCCUUUGGUUAGUUUCCUGAAAUCAUUUCAUUAUCUCUUUUAAACUGUGUAUAUUGACCUUUAGGCUUAGGUUUGUGUUGGAUCUGUGCAACGAAUAAUUCAUGAUUAGCUAUAUUAAUUGAUGGCGUAAUGUCUUAAAAAAUUGAUGGCUUUGUGGUAAAACAUGCAUUUGAAAUAUGUUGGAUUGGCGAAAUCAGUAGAGACUAGAGAGUUGUUUGGGAUUCUGAACCUGAAGCUUUAGAAGAAAAGGUGUUCAUUUCCUCAUUCUACAUCAAGCACUAACAGCAGCAGGAGCAUAUUCCUUAUUCUGUGCAUUUUUUUGACUCUUCACACUUAAAAUUUGGUGCCUUAUUCUCCUGCAUCUGUUGCCUAUAAAAUAUGAGAUUUGAUCUAAACUAUGUCAUCAUCCUGCAUUUCUAGAUGCUGGCUAAUAGUUAACUUGGCUACCAUGGAGAGUUACUAUCUAAGCUAAAUCAUCUCAUUUUUAUAAAAACAAAUUAGUUAUCUUCAGUUUGCACAUUAGCAAAGAAGAUGGUGUUCGGUGCAUGUGUCAUUGUAGAAGCUAGCAUUUUUUUAAUGGUUGCACUCACGCCAUUUUUCUAUAUUUCUUUUCUCUCUCUAUCCUGUGUUUGGAUAACAAUUUGAGUCUUUGACCCUUUUCAGUCUUAAGGAUGAGUAGCAAUAAUUUUGCUUGGAUGGUUCUGCAGGUCUGGUCGUCUGGAUGAAUCCUCCACUUGCAGCUGCAGGAACAAUCUUAAUUGAAGUUCUACAUGACCUCAGAUGCAACUACAAAAAUUUAUGUACAAAUGUACUGAUUGCAGAACUACCUAUUGGAAACUUUGUACCUGUAAAGCAAUGUAAUCAAGGUGUUGCCGUGAAAUCUGAAAUCUCAAGUACAAUGUUGGAUACUUGACCAUAAAAGUUAAUCAUCAUGUGUUGAAGAAACAUUACGAUAUAACCUUAUUUGUUUGUGCUUGUGAA